AGCGUUCGCCCUACGGAGCCAUCACGUGACAUUCCAUGCUGGGCGAGGAUCUCGACAUCGGCUUCUACGCCGAAGAUGCGUAUGCGGCGUACAUCACGCAGGUGGCCACAGUAUUCCACAUUAUCCCCGAGUUCCACAAUCCGCGUGGGGCAACGGUUGAUGUCGUCUUUGAAGGCCCUUUCAUGACGGAGGCUGCCUUUCAGGAGGCGGCGCUUUCUUUACCCCCAAAUGACGCGAUGCCCGCUGCUGCCCCUUCCGCUGAGCAUCACAGCCCCAGCAGUAUGUCUACCGGGGAGCGUCCUGUGCAAGCCCCAUGGGCGGCGGGUGCAUCGAAGACGGUGGUGCUACACGCAUGGAUUGAGAAGCUCAACGGACCUCGCAAGGUGCAACUAACGGAGCCGGUGCAGCUUCUACGAAGAACGGAGUCGAAUAUUGGUCUUACGGAAGCACACGACGUUUCAGGAAAAACUAACAGCAGCCACGAUGCGGCAGAAGAGAGUCGAUCAACUGCAACAGCGCAUCACCGCGUUCUCGGCAACCUUGAUUUUCUUUUGCAUCUUUCCGCGCGCAACCUAUUCUUGGGAGAGAGCAACGCCAGCCAGGAUUCGCUGACUAUGGAUAGGUACGGUGCUUCUUUUUCCUUUUCGGCUUCUGCAACGAGCGAUGACACACAUGUGGCCUGCUCCAUCCGCAAUGCGCUGGAGCAGCGGGACGAUGUCGCAGUGGCUCGCAACGCUGUCGCCACCGUCAUCAAAUUUGCGCAGCUUGCCGAGGAACAUGCUGGAAAAGUGGCGACCGUCUACGUCGACGCGCAGCACGGGGACGAGUACCUCCGAUUUGACGAUGAAUGA